GGGGAGGCGGGUGCACGGCCGGAGAAAGAGGUGCUGAGAAAGACAACGGGAAUAAUAAGGAGCCCUGUGAAGUGUCCCUAGAAGCAAACAGGCAUGAAGCCGAACAGGAGACCUUUUGGAACAAAGUAGAUCCAAACUGGCACAAAGGAAAUCCAUCAAGGAAUGUGGAGAAGAAGGGGUAUAGAUAAAGAUCAAUUGAAAUCAACAAGAUAUUGCAGAACCCACCCAGGGAAGAAACUAUAUCCAUGUGUAGUGUGCGGUAAGAGGUUCAGUCAAAAGAGUGACCUUAAAAUACAUCAAAGAACAGACACAGGGGGGAAACCUUCUAUAUGCAUAGACUGCGAAAGAGCUUCAGGGAUAGUGGAAGCCUUACUGAUAAUGAAAGAAUCCAUACAGGGCAGACACUAACUGUAUAAAUGGAACGAGGAAAGAAUUUGAGAAGGAUUGUUGGACACACAGGGCAGAAAUCACUGAAGUGUAAGGAGUGUGGAAGGAUUUUCAGCACAACCAGUGACCAUAAAAGACAUCUGAGAACUCACAUGGGGGAGAAACCAUAUAAAUGUACGGAAUGUGGAAAGUGCUUCAAUACGACCAGUAGCCGUUAUGCACAUCAGAGGACGCACACAGGAGAGAAACCUUAUGAAUGCAUGGAGUGUGGAAAAAGCUUCAGGAAUGGUACUCAACUUACUGAACAUCAAAGAAUCCACACAGGGGAGAAACCAUAUGCAUGUAUGGACUGUGGAAAGAGCUUCAGAGUAAGUUAUUCCCUUAAGAUACAUCAAAGGACCCACACAGGGGAGAAACCAUAUGCUUGUAUGGACUGUGGAAAGAGCUUCAGAGUAAGUUAUUCCCUUAAGAUACAUCAAAGGACCCACACAGGGGAAAAACCUUAUGAAUGCAUGGAGUGUGGAAAGUGCUUUAGUAAAAGAAGCGGCCUUACUUUACAUGAACAAACACAUACAGGAGAGAAACCAUAUAAAUGCAUGGAGUGUGGAAAGAGCUACAGUAGGAGUGACGCUCUUACUUUACAUCAAAGAAUCCACACAGGGGAGAAACCAUAUGCUUGUAUGGACUGUGGAAAGAGCUUCAGAGUAAAUUUUCACUUAAGGAUACAUCAAAGAAUCCACACAGGGGAAAAACCUUAUGAAUGCAUGGAGUGUGGAAAGUGCUUCAGUCAAUGCAGCAACCUUACUUUACAUGAACAAACACAUACAGGAGAGAAACCAUAUAAAUGCAUGGAGUGCGGAAAGAGCUUCAGUAGGAGUGGCACUCUUACUUUACAUCAAAGAAUCCACACAGGGGAGAAACCAUAUGCUUGUAUGGUCUGUGGAAAGAGCUUCAGAAAAAGUUCCUGCAUUAGGAUUCAUCAAAGAACCCACACAGGGGAAAAGCCAUAUAAAUGCAUGGAGUGUGGAAAGUGCUUUAGUCAUAGACCGCCCCUUAUUAUACAUCAAAGGACCCACACAGGAGAGAAACCUUAUGAAUGCAUGAAGUGUGGAAAGAGCUUCAAGGGGAGAAGUUAUCUUAGUCUACAUCAAAAAAUCCACACAGAAGACAAACAAUAUAAAUGCACUGCAUGUGGGAAGAGAUUUAGACGAAGUCACCAUCUUGCUCAACAUCAAAGAACUCACACUGGGGAGAAACCUUACGAAUGCAUGGAAUGUGGAAAGCGUUUCAGUGACCGCACUGGCCUUACUUGUCAUCAAAGAACCCACACAGGGGAAAAACCAUAUCCAUGCAUGGAGUGUGGAAAGAGAUUUAGUCAAAGCCCGCACCUUGCUCAACAUCAAAGAACACACACAGGAGAGAAACCAUUUAAAUGCAUGGAGUGUGGAAAGAGCUUCAGGAACAGUGGUAGCCUUAGGGCACAUCAAAGAACUCAUGCAAAGAAAUAACCACAGAAUUGUAUAGAAUAUUGAUAAAUCUACAUUCAUCCAAGAGCCUUUACUCAAUAUGAAAGUACUUCCUCAGCACUGAAUCCAUAUAAAUCAGAAUAGUGCAAAAAGCUUCAAUCAGAGCAAAGUUCUUUCCAUGAAAGAACCCAUGCAAGAAAUUGUUUCAAUUCACACAACCGCCACCAAUU